GUCUGUUCCAGCUCCUCUUCCUGUAGCCACCAGCUAACCUGCUGACAGCACAGAUUCUGUUCAACAUCAGCUGACAGCUCUGUGAUGCUAGCAUGUUAGCUUCAGAGCUAGCGAGCCGACACUGCACUGAUUUACGAGUUUAUCGACACAGCUGCAUUUGCUCUCGACUAAUUGUAUUUCUGUCUGACCUGGACAUUGACUAUGUGAACAGGUGUAUCGUGAAACCAGCUCACGCCAUCUUAACACAAAGUGGAUUUGUUUAGCAAUAGCGAGCUAGCAGCUAAGGAAGCUACAUCUUCCUAGCAGCCAUAGCUAGCUGUGACAGGAGGGCGUCUUAAUGGGGAGCUUUAAAGUGUCAGCUGAGCUUCCAAGAGUGGUCGGUAGAGUGAGUUAUGUGAACACACUGCUGAGGUAAGUGUUGAUUAAAUGGCAAGAAUUGGGCAUGGCAAUGGACUUGCCUCGCGCGACCACAAAGAGAAGCUGACAGAUGAUGGGAGAGGAUCCGACCCAGAGACAGAGACACAGGUGGACAAGUACGGGUUCACAGGAGGGGCCCAGCAGCACCGCGGGCAGUCUGCUGAAGAAAUCCCCACUGAGGUGCUGAGGCAACGGGAGGCAAAAUGGCUGGAGAUGCUCAACAGCUGGGACAAGUGGAUGGCCAAAAAACACAAGAAGGUGAAGGAGCGCUGUCAGAAGGGGAUCCCUCCAUCCCUGCGUGGCCGGGCCUGGCUCUACCUCACUGGGGGCAAAGGGAGGCGGGAGCAAAACCAGGGCAAAUUCCAGGUACUGGACAAUCAGCCAGGAGACCCUAAAUGGGUAGAUAUUAUUGAGAGGGACCUCCAUCGACAGUUCCCCUUCCAUGAAAUGUUUGCAGCGAGAGGAGGUCACGGGCAGCAAGACCUGCUCCGCGUGUUGAAGGCUUAUACUCUGCAUCGCCCUGAAGAGGGUUACUGUCAGGCUCAGGCUCCCAUCGCUGCUGUACUCCUGAUGCAUAUGCCAGCAGAGGAUGCAUUCUGGGUUCUUGUCCAGAUUUGUGAGAAAUACCUUCCUGGAUACUACAGUACAGGGCUGGAGGCGAUCCAGCUGGACGGGGAGAUCCUGUACGCUCUGCUGCGGCGGGUGUCUCCUGCGGCCCACCGUCACCUGAAGAAGCACAAGCUGGAGCCCAUCCUGUACAUGACCGAGUGGUUCAUGUGCGCCUUCUCUCGGACUCUGCCGUGGGCCUCGGUGCUUCGCGUCUGGGACAUGUUCCUUUGUGAGGGAGUGAAAAUCAUCUUUCGAGUGGGCCUGGUUCUCCUAAGAUCCAUGUUGGGAUCCCAAGAGAAACUGAAGGCCUGUCAAGGUCUCUAUGAAACAAUGGAGCUGCUCCGAGCCAUCCAGCCACAGUACAUGCAAGAAGCCUUCCUGGUGCACGAGAUUAUUGAGAUAGUGGUGUCUGAGAAAGACAUUGAAAAGGAACACCACGCUCAGCUGCGGUGCUGGAAGGAGACUCACGGAGAUCUACACUGCAAGUCCCCUCCCAGGAUGCACGGCGCUAAGGCCAUCAUGGCCGCCGAGCCGCCCAGUCGACAGGACCUGAGACAGAGGCCCACCAUCAUCGUGGACUCUCCCUUGGCACCCGAGACAGACGGGAAGAGAGCAGAGGGCGUCAAGGAGAAUGGAAAGGCUAAACCGGAGAAACAGAAAACAAUCAUAGCGCCACAGGAGACUGUUAAUCCUUACCUUCCUCCCAGUGACCCCUCACCUCUCCUCAAACACAUGACUAUACAAGAGUCCAAAGAGAGUCUGAGCAGUGCAGAGCAUGACACGUACCUGUAAGCAGGUUAAGUGUCACCCGUUUACUAACACAAACCUUUCUAUACAGCCUUUACUAACUUACUCAUCACAGGUUCCAAUCACAGUCCUCACGUCACAGUGAAAGACAAACCUUUCCAUGACGGAGGUUGGCAGGUUUUUAAGUAAAAAUGGCUGUUUUUGCUAUCAAGAAAAACAGUAAUCGCAUUAUCAAAGCUGGCAAAAAAUGCCAUUGCUCAGAUUACUGAGCAGCCACUGUAAUACUCAACACAUUCUUUGGUGUCAUUUCGUGUAUGCAGGUUUCUAUUUACUCUUUAACUACAGUUGUGGAGAUUUUUGCAUCAAAGUAUAUGGAAGUCAUAAAUGACUGAACUUGUGGGGAUAUACACUUACUAACUCACUGUAAACAGCUACUGCUGCUAAUUACCUCUUUAGAUUCUUUCCUUUUGUCAUAAAUGAAGUCUGACUUUUGUCUUGAUGAGGUCUAUUCUAGAGCACUUUACCUUUUAUAGUCUUCCUCUUUGCCUAUAUGUUAGUCACUACGUUGACAGUGCAGAGAUUCGUAUUGUUCCUGCUUUGAUAGACUCGCACUAAGACACGCAGUUUAUCAGUGUGUUAAGCACGGUCGCUUGUGCCUGUUGUGCUGCUUCCAGCAGUUUGUCUCUGCUGCUGUUGAACACUUGGGGGCGCCCUGAGAUCGUCUCACAGCUGCAGUCGUGCUUGUGAGAGCAAAACACUGACACAAUGAAGGAAGAAGUGAGAAGGAACAUUUUUGUGCCACUAAGCCAAAGAUUUGUAACGCAUAUUUUUACGAUAUAUUUUGUCCAAGCUUUUCAAUCAUACUGUGAUACAGUACAGGCAUUUGGAGAGGAUCAGUUUUAUAUUUGUAGUUUUGAAUGAGGAAUGAUAAAAUGCCAUUUUGAAGAACGCUGAUACAAUGCUGUUUUUGUUUUUUUACAAUCAAGCUAAAAAUGAACUGAAACACUUUGUCUCUUUGCUAUUUGAAAUGUUUGACCGUACAUUAUUUUCCCUACAUUUGUGUGUAAAGAAAAUUGAGCGACAAAAGAUAUUAAAAGUCAUGGGAGCCAUAAAGCUGAGAUAAUAACCAAACAGUAUGUGUUGAUACUAAUUGUAUCUGAGAUGUUUCAAUGAAGAAAAACUCUUGAUGAAUUCAGAAACAAUCAGCAUUUAGAUCCCAGUCCAGGAAAUUCCUUAAUUAGCAGUUACAUGUGUAACUGCGCUUUGGAUUAUUUGCUGUUUAUAACAGAAAAUCGUUGUGGGUAUAUGCUGAUUUUGAAGUAUAUGCUACGGGUUUAUUUUAGGAACUACUGUUUAUCUACCAUGUCUUCUGAAGCUUUUCAUAUUUAGAUAAAAGAUGUACUAAUCUGUAGCAAGAACACAUAUUACAUUGAACCAACAUGCGGUCCAGCAGUUUAAGUUCUACAAGGAGCUACAUGACAGUAUAGAUACUGCCGUGUAGCUGGUGCCGCUGAGCUUCAUCCAGGGAUUCAAAGGACUAGUUUUCCAGGUUUCUGUAGGAUACAGGAGAUACAGAAUGUGGUUUGGCUUCUAAAAUACUGUAUGUUGAUUUUUCUGUUUCAGUAUCUAUCAAAAGUAUCAAUCAGGGAUGUCUUAUUCCUAAUCAUUGCACUUACAAACAUUAAAGAACAUUAUUUAAGCCUCGGGCUUGUAAAUGUGCAACGCAUCCUGCUGUGUUCCUCGGUAUAUAGGACUUUAUUAUGGAUCUGUUUGCGUAUUUGAUUUUAAAUCAACUUUUCACAUCGAGCUGUUUUAUGCCAAAUUGCAUUGAAAUCAAUAAAAAGUUAAACUCUUAGCUUAUGCAAAUCUGUCAUGUUUUUCCAUUUUACUAUGACAUGAAAUGCCACUUCUUUUGCCUUCAUUUAAUAUGAAACAAAGACGAGGAGACAAGAGA